AUGGUGCGCAGGCCCGCCCAGCGGCAGGUGCGCCCGGCGCGGAUUUACCAGACCGUCACGACCCUGAUGGAUCACCGCGUGCAGCCGAGGAUCAAGGUCCAGAAGCCCGUCUGGUACAACGUCGUCGAGUCCAUACCGCCCUCCGAGGUCGUCACCCGGCCCCUGCCGCCCCAGCACAAGACCUGGAGCCCCAAGAUCCGCAAGGCGAGCAGGUUAUUCCAGCCCCAGCAGCUCGUCUUCGAGGAGGAUGCCCUGCGCAAGCGCUUCUUCAAAGACCACCCCUGGGAGCUGGCCAGGCCGCGCAUGAUCAUCGAGGCCGACGGAAAGGACGCCCAGCGUUGCGACUGGAGCAAGGGGCUUAAGCAACCUGGAAUACCAUUGAGCGGCGAGUCUGUCGUCCAACGCCAGCUGUGGCGAAUGCACAACAUCCCUGGCAUGACCCAGGAGGAGGCCUACGACCUGACCCGGAAGGAGUUCUACCGCCUGCGACAGGAGGAAGACAUUGAGAGGAGGGUGGCCGUGGAGGAGGCCCGCAUGGUCGGCUCCUACUUCGGCCAGUCGUACCUGCAAGUGGGCAUGCACCUCGAGGACCUGGAGCACGAGAGGUGGAAGAAGUGGGCCCUGAGCGAGAUGACCAAGAUCCGCGGCGAGCAGCAGGAGGCCUACAGUGGCACGGUCGACGACGCCGUGGCGGACCCGCAAGACGAGGACUUGGAACAGCUGACCGAGACUAUCAAGGAGAUGGCGGCUUAG